ACAUUUAACAAAAUGGACGCGUACGCAUUAUUUAAUAAAUUGUUUUAUAAGUAGAUAAAACCCUCAAUUCUGUGAUGUUUCUAAUGUAAUUGAAGACUGCAAGUGGUUAGCGAAUAUGUGAUAUUGGAAGUGAAGUGGUUGUAGGACAUUAGUGACCACUGGACGAUCAAUAAACAAACAAGUGUAGUAAUUGAUUGUAGGCUCGCCGUAAUAAUUGGGCGAACGUGUUUUUUUAUUAUUUUAUUAUUAUAUUUAGAUUAAAAAAAAACAAAAAAUGGCCCAUAGUGUCGUUAAGGUAACUGAUAUUAAAGAUGAUGAUUUGAAUGACAGUUUAUUGCUGCUUGUUGGUGAAGAUGGUACUGUAACUCCAGAUCAAGAUACAGUUGAAACAUUCUUGAAGCAAAGAAAUGGUCCCACAAAUAUACAGAUUAUGAAAAUCAAUAAAUCGGAGAAACAGGGUAUUGAUAUUACUGUUGAUAAUGUAACAUACAUGCCAGACGCUGUUAAGGAAGGUAUAUCUGUUUCAGAAAUUAUCAAACCUGAACUUGAAAUGGACGAAGUAGCACGAAAUCUAUAUAACUUCAAACUAGAUCACGACUAUACACCAUUGACAUCACCCAGGAGAUCCAGUUCUCCACAAGAAGACGAUGAAUUGGUAAAAACACUUAGUAUAUUAGACGGACCUGACCCAGACCAUUCAAUACCAACUAUAAGUUCGGAACCUCCCCCGCUAAUUCUUACAACUCCGCACAAGGCCCCAUCAAAAGUUAAAAUCAUACAGUCUAUAACUAUAACUCCAGCUGGUUGUCAAACUUCUACUACUAAAACAACAGUUGCAUUUCCACAACCAGCUGCACAUCCUCCACCACUUCAGAGUGUCUCACAUAAAACCAUUCAUAAUGAAGCUCCUACUGUCGUCAAUGCUUCGCCAAGUCCUAUUCACGUACUUCCAACUUCUACCGUUGGAGACAGUCAGAGUGUAACAACACCCGUUACAACUAAAUCGAAAGCAAAGAUUAUAAAAACAGAUUCUAAACCAAUCUUUAGGCCUGAAAGGGCCAAACCUACUAAACCCAAAACUAAAAUCGUUAAGGAAGUUGUAGAAGAAGAAAGUGAGGAAGAGUUUGAGGAGGAGGAUUUUGAUUUUGAAGUUGACGACGAUGAGAAUGAUUCGGAUUUCGACAUAGAAGAAGAAUUAAAAGCAAAACAGACACUGAAAAGGAUAAGUAAGCGGACUAAAUCUGAAAGUAAAACUUCUCCAAGGAUAUUUAAAAUUAUACCUAAGAGUAAAAAUAAGGAAAUUAAAGAGACAAAAGAUGUUAAACAAGAACCUUUAAAGGUUGAAACGAAGGUGGAAAAGGUCGUGGAGAAACAUAUAGAAAAACCUCCAGAAAAACCUGCAGAGAAGCCCCCGGAACAAAAACCUGAGCAUACGGAAGCGAAACCGCCUGAGAAAAAGCCUCCUAAGAAGGAAAAGAAGAUUCCAAAACCUAUUCCAGAUGAUUUCGCCUUAUUUUCGACUCCCGAUAUAAUCCGUAGGGUAGGUGGAAAGGAACCUACAACCCCCAACACACCCGAAGCAACAAUUCCCACUAAACCAGGCAAAAUAACAAGCGAGUCCCGAUCAAAAUCAAGCACCGAAAACCCUCAAUCUCCCAACAAACACAAUAGAAACAGCGUAGACGGUAAGUCGUCCGAAAAAGAAAAGCAUUCAAAUCAUCACCACACCGAAGGCAAAACUAAAGAAAGAAGAAUAAGCUCCGGAGAAUCCAAAUCGAAACGUACAAGCAUCGAUGAGAAGUCCAAAUUGGAUUAUACCAAGUCGGAUAAAUUAAAUCAGUCAAAAAGAACUGAGAGACAACAUAGCAAGACCAACGAAAUGGAAAAUACAGAAGUUGGUGAGGUAAUACCUAGCGCCGAAGACAUUCGGUCGAUAAUCAUGAACGAAGACACAAAGUCUUUUACCACCAGUGCGCUGCCUCUGGACUUGAAUAACUCCGACCCGCAGAACAUGGAUACCGGUAAUUUGAAUCUAGAUACGACUGGGUUAGAUAUAGACCCGUCUUUGUUGGAUAAUCUGAAUAAUGAUGAGAUAUCAGAGGACAUCUUGUAUCAAGUCGCUCAGUCCUUAGUUUCAAAUCCAGAAUUGCAAAAUGCCAUCGACAAGGGCAUCAACGAUGGAGUUUUGGAUCCCAUGACUGUUGAUCAAGCUGUGGUGUCUAAUCAGAUGGCCCCCAUUCAGGAGCCCAACGAUGUAAUACAGAAAGGCACACAAAUCGUAAGACCCGACGGUAGGAUAGUGGUGAUACCUCCGAUAGAAAGGCCAACUACUAGAAGUAGGAACAAAAAGAAAGAGGAAGUCAAGCAAACUUUCAAGCCUGUUCAUAAACCCUUAGACGACGACCACGUCUCGGGUAAUGAGCUGGACAGCUCCAAUGACGAAGAGGAAGAAGAUGAGUCGGAAGAUGACCCGAACAAAUUGUGGUGCAUCUGUAACCAGCCCCACAACAACAGGUUCAUGAUCUGCUGUGACACUUGCGAGGAGUGGUACCACGGCAAGUGCGUCAAUAUCACCAAGGCGAUGGGGCAGCAGAUGGAGGCUGAAGGGAAGGAGUGGAUUUGCCUGUUUUGCAAGGAUCCGAUGUUGAAAAGGCCGCAAGCCGCCGCUCGCAGGAUUAGGAAGGCCUCGCGUAAUUCCAGAGCUUCGACAGACAGCGCCGGCAGUUCGUCGAGGAAAGUAGAAAGUGUCACUACAGUUCCCUGUGUGGUUUGUCAGAAACUGGCCAGAAAGAAUUCGAUCUACUGUAGCGAAGCUUGCAUUCUCGCUCACGCUCAAGGAAUCGAAAGGGUUGUCGUUUUCGAACGCGCAACUGGGAGCAUGCUGACGGGAAAUAAAGCGCCGAGUGCGGCGAAUCUGGAGAAUUGGUUAAAGGAGCACCCCGGCUAUGAGGUGGUCAGGUCUGGCGGUAAAGUUGUCACUGCAAAGGCCGGUAAUUUCACCCAGUCCAGACUCAAAUUAGUGAAGAACACGGACAACGAAGGGGUCUCACUAGCCGUGCAGAAAAAGGGCGUCAGCCUCGGCAUACUGAAACACUCCCCGAAACCACCACAGCAACAGCUAAAGCCCCCCUUAAAAGCGACCGUCACGGGAAUCAAAAUCAUCAGCAAGCAAAUAAACACGAAAGAACCGAAGACUAAGCUAAUACAGCCGCAACCGAUCUCGAAACCGCCAGUAACGGCGCCUCCGCCCAAGCCAAAAAUCGUUCAGACAACGCUUACUCUUAAGACUCCCCAGUCCACCCCACCGAAACCCGUCAAGGCGCCCGUAUCCAAAGAAAAGAUGCCAGUGAAGACCCCCAAACCCAAACCUCCACCGGAGCAACCCGCCACCCCGCAGCCCAAACCUCAGGAGAAUAUAAGGGAGAACGUUCAGAAGACCGUGUUCGAGCAGUUGAUGAACCGGUUGAAGAGCAGCGAAGAUCUCAAAUUGACUGAAGACGAGGUGAAGAAUAUUUCGACGGAAAUCGAAUCGCAGCUGUUCAAGUGCUUCGGCGACACGGGGCAGAAGUAUCGGAAUAAGUACAGGAGUCUUAUAUUUAACAUUAAGGACGCGAAGAACCAGACAUUGUGGAGGAGGAUCUGCGAGAAGUCGAUCAACCCGUACGAACUGGUCAGACUAUCUCCCGACGACCUCGCAAGUCAGGAGCUGGCGAUGUGGAGGGAGCGCGAGGCCAAACACCAACUGGACAUGAUCAAAAAAUCAGAACUGGAGUUGCUCAAUUGCAACAGGCAGUACGUUUUAAAGACGCAUAAGGGCGAACAAGUGGUCGAGGACGAUCGUACAGAUAAAACGGAUAACGCGGAAGUGAUAAAAAGCCUAACUGAGGGUUCCACCUUGGACACCGGCGAGGCCAAGAGGGAUAACUCGAAGGAACGCGACAAGAAGAGUUCGAAACACAGCCACAAGGACAAAGACAGGGAUAGGGACAGAGACAGGAAAUCCAGUAAGGAUAAGGAGCACCGCAGUCACAGGUCUUCUAGUAAGGACAAAGAAAGAGACAGGGAUAGGAGUAGGAAGAGGUCGAGGAGUAGAGAUCGCAGUUCAAGGCACAGCGACCACAAGAAAAGAUCGCGGUCUAGGGACAGGGAUAGGGACAGGCACAGGAAAUCGUCGCACAAGAGCUCAAGGCAUAAAAAGGACAUCAUGUCCACCACUGAAAAAUUGGACAAGAAGUCCAAAGAGAUCCUCGAGCAGCUGGUCGAUAACAAAAUCGUGCCGCCGCUGGAGGAUCGUCUUUGGAAACAUGUCCCGCAGGAAGACAUCGUUCCAGCAGCUCCCGAGAGCGACAGUGAUCACGAGCCCUCUUCUACGGUAACGAUACCGACGCCACCCAGGAGCCAAGAGAGCGAUGAAUUUUCUAGCAGUCAGAUGUCCAACGAAACAAAGAACAGCCUGGUAGUACCCGAGAACGAUAAAGAGGUCAGUCAGGUAGAAGAACGUAGCACGUCGCCUCCCCCUAGAAACGCUCCGACGGAAAUAUGGAGGGGCACCAUUAACAUGAUCGACGUGGCUCAAAUUUCGAUAACUGCUCACGAGGUGUCAGGGGACUGUUCUGGAUUGGGUAAGGAGCUGCCCGAAAACCUUGACAUCGUCGGUCGGAUAUCUCCCGACACAGUGUGGGACUACAUCGGAAAGAUGAAGUGUUCAAAUAGUAAAAUAAUUUCAUUAUUAAGACUAAACGCCACAAAUAUAGAAGAGAAGAUGCCGUAUUUGGCACUGUACAGCUAUCUGAGCAGCAGGACCAGGCUUGGUGUGGUGAAGAGCACCAACAAGGCUGUCAAGGACUUUUAUAUACUGCCUUUGGCGCCGCAAAAGCCAAUCCCGCAGGCCCUGUUGCCUCUCAACGGUCCGGGUUUUGAGGAGUCGAGGCCAGCUCUACUCCUGGGCAUAAUCGUGAGAGAUAAGCGGAAAAGGCCCCACAUCGAACCCAUAGUUCCCACGUCGGCGUUACCCAAGAGAAGCAGAGUGGAAACCCCGCCUCUACCCGUCAUACCCCCACCGCCAGUAGUGCCUCCGCGAUCCUACACUCCACCCCCACUGAAGGACGCACGGCUGAAGCUGCCUCUGCCGCCCCCACUUCCUCCAACCGCCGAUGAAGAUGAAAACGAGCCCUACAGCCCGGAGGAUUCGGAUCCCGACGCUCCCGCUCCCGUAUUAAUGCCUGUUCCACCACCUCUUACCCCUGCUCCGAUGGCGAUUCCAGAUCCUGUUACGCCCUCCGUAAUAUAUCCCGCAAUUCCAGGUCUUUCUUCCUCACCGCUGCCGUCUACCACCCUGGAAAUCCAGAGACAGAUGGAGGAGUUGAACAAGAAGAUCGAGAUGCAGAAAUCGGAGAUAACCAGCAUGACGCAGAACAUCGUAUCAGCGUCUUCGGAGAUCGGGACAUCCGCAUUGGCGAAUAUAGCUCUCCCCAGUAAUCUGCAGCAAAUUUUAGAUAGCAUUAAAACUAUAGGAGAGACAUCCGAAACGCCGACCCCUCCCCCACAAGACGCAGGCCAGAACGAUUUGACGAUCCCCCUGAUGAUCCCAAAGACGUUCACGAGGCCGUUGAGCAACCCCUCGCAGAGGAUCGAUAUGCCCAGCGACACGAUACCGUUAAAUCUGCCUAGUAAACCGAAGAUUAAGCCCCUUUCCGUAAAUUCGCCCAUACUCGAGGAAAAAAGUAGCGUUCUAGGAUCGCUGUCGGAGGAGGAUCUAAUCAGGAAAGCCGCGGAAAUGUUGGGCGAGGAAGACUUCAAGUCUAAACGGAAGUCGGGGAAGGAACCUCUGCCGCCGACUCCUCCGAAACGGGCGAAGAACGAGGUGGUUCUGCCGCCCGUUCCCGGUCUCGAGGACGAGAUUCUUUAAUGGGACGUCGCCACGUGGGGUAAUAUCAAAAUAUUUAUGAAUGGUGUAAGUUUAAUAUUGAAAAUUCUUCGAUAUGAUGUUGGAUGUUUCUAAAAAGUUUUUUAAGUACAAGUACUUUUCUAAAGUAUUACCAAAGACGAAUUGAAUUAAAGUUUUGGCUCUUAUACUGUUUGUAAAUGUUAAAUGUAUAUUUAAAAAUUUUGUACAAAGUUUUAAUAUUAGGGUUAUUUAGUACUUAAUCGUAUUUUAGGUAACUGUACAUAUUUUAGAUAAAAACAUUUUUUUCUAAUUUCACACACUUAUAGUUGUUUUAUUCAUAGUAAUUGAUUUAUCCCAAGAACUAUAGCAAAAUACUGGUUUAUUUUAUUUGCUUUUUGUUGUAUAUGCCCAUCGCAAAUCUUU